AUGGCGGUAAUCCAAGAAGUUGAGGAUGAAGCACCAUCAACCCCUCUCAAUACCCACCCAGACACCAGUAAUUCCGUCCCAGAAUCUGCACGCCGCAAAUCAUCCCGCCUGCGCACACCAAGCUCCUGCCCUGGAUUCAUCCCCACCUCGUGUGACUUCCGUCGUGCCCUGGUUGGCCCAGUGAAUCCAACCAAGAAGAAAAGGCAGGCUCCUACCGCUGUGAUGACAUUUGAUGAUGAAUCUGGUCCAGAUGUGGAAGAUGAUUGUCGCAGAUCGAAGGGUAAAAAUCAAACUAGUAAUGGCCGCACGGUGUCACACAAGUCGCCAACCGAACUCGCCAGGAAGUAG